UUAUUGUCAUCUUUAACUUUAAUCUCUUUCUGCAAUUUUCAUCUUCUUGAUCUCGAUCAUUAAUGGCUCGCUCUCGAGGAAGAUCAAGCGGUGCUAUUUCACGUCCAGCUCCCCAGCCAGCCAAGUCUCCUACUCGAGCUCCAUCCCCUGCACCUCAGCAGAGUAGACCUACUACUGGAGGACUUGGUUCUGUUGUUGCUGAAGGCAUGGCCUUUGGUGCUGGAAAUGCGGUUGCUCAUCGGGCAGUGGACAGUAUGAUGGGUCCUCGUGUUAUCCAGCUUGAGACGGUUACGCCAUCCGCUGCUAAUACCGCCAAUCUCGAUGCGUGUGUUGGGCAACACAAGGCAUUCCAAGAUUGCCUCGACACUUCUGCGAACGAUAUCAGCCGCUGCCAAUUUUACAUGAACAUGCUUAUCGAAUGCCGCAAAGCUGGCUCCGCAUCCGGGACCUCGAUGGCUUGAGUUAGUUAUUUACUUAUACUAGAAGGGUACUCAUGCAAUUAAUGCAUCGAGACACAUCUU